AUGCCUUACAUGCAUCAAUACGAUUAUAUCUUUGCGAUUGCGAUUCUGUUCGCCGCAUUGGACGCAUUCAAUAUUGGUGCCAACGACGUUGCCAACUCAUUCGCUACAUCCGUAUCAUCUCGUUCCCUCACCCUCCGUCAAGCAUGCCUCGCCGCAGCCGUGAUGGAAUUCCUAGGAGCAGUCCUGGUAGGCGCAAAAGUAGCAGGCACAAUCAAAAAUGGAAUCAUCUCCCUGUCGGCCUUUCAAUCUAACGCAGGUGUAGAAAUGUUAGGUUUCACUUGCGCAUUGGUGGCAUCAGCAACAUGGUUGAUGAUCGCCACUCGAAACUCUUGGCCAGUCUCUACGACAUAUUCAAUCGUCAGUGCUCUCGCCGGUGUAGGAGUGGCUAUACAGGGUAAAGAUGCCGUUCAAUGGGGAUGGAAUGGCUCUAAAGGUAUAGCAGCCAUCUUCGCUGGAUUCAUUAUCGCUCCUGGAAUUUCAGCUGGUUUCGCAGCUGUGGUGUACCUGAUUACGAAAUACGCCGUAUUAGAAAGGAAAAAUAGUAUUAGAGCAGGAAUGAUGAUUGCUCCUGUUUAUUUCUUUACUGUUGCUGCUGUUUUGACUAUGUCUAUUGUGUACAAAGGAGCACCAUCUUUAAACCUCGAUAAACUAUCUCAAGCUACCAUUGCCCUCGCUAUCGUCUUAACGGGAUUAGUCGUAGCCAUUUUAUCAAUUUUGUUCUGGUUACCUUACGUACAUGCUAAAGUGGUCAAGAAGGAUUAUACUAUCCGAUGGUAUCAUUUCUUCUAUGGACCAUUGCUAUGGAAAAGACCUGCUCCGACUGAAUCACUCGAACAUGCUCAUCAACAUGUACCAGAUUAUAGAGUAUUAGGAAGAGAUGAUGAGAAGAAGGGCUUUGAGGACGGUACUCAUCCCUCUACAUUACCUAUCAAUAGUCAACAACCACAAGAAGAGGGUUCACCAAACCGAGUCAAGAACGUCGAACUCGGAGGUGAUCUUGAAUCGCAGUCAUCUCCCACAAGACCUCAUAAACCCGUUCCAUUAGAAGAAGUUGAAGUGGACCCUACGACUCAGAUCGAAGGAUUAUGGAUCCUACCUAGAAACCUUUGGGUUAUCAUAAGAUAUAAAAUCCCUAAGAUCCUUCUUCACGGUUCAUCAGUCGACGUCCACGCCAUGCAAGCUGGUAAUGGAACCAAACAAGCCAAUAGAAUUCAUGAGAUGCAUGAAAGAGCUUCUCAGUAUCCUAACGAGACCGAACAUAUGUACUCUUUCUUGCAAGUUUUGACAGCUUGUACUAACUCUUUCGCCCAUGGUUCGAAUGAUGUUGCCAAUGCUGUCGGUCCAUUCGCUGCUGUAUACUACGUAUGGUCCCACGGCGAAGUUACCCCCAAAGAUACACCCACUCCAACUUGGAUCCUCGCAUUUGGAGGAGCGAUGAUCGUCAUUGGUCUAGCGACAUACGGAUACAAUAUCAUGGCUGUAUUGGGUAACAAGCUUACCAUGCAUUCACCUUCUCGAGGAUUCUCGAUGGAAUUCGGAGCUGCCAUCACUGUCUUACUUGCCUCCCAGUAUGGCAUUCCCGUUUCUACCACUAUGUGUAUUACGGGUGCUACGAUGGGUGUAGGAAUUUUAUCUUCGGGUUUCAAAGGUGUUAAUUGGAGAUCGUUAGGAUGGAUCUUCUUAGGUUGGGUACUUACCGUUCCUGUCGCCGGUGUGUCUGCUGGUUGUUUGAUGGGUAUCAUCUUGAAUGCUCCUCAUUUCUAG